AUGGAUCUGUAUGGCCAAUUGCUGGGGUUGUCCGCCGAUACCUACGGCUCUGCAGUGCCGCCGCCGCAGGUGCAUGGUUCUAUCGGGGGCGUUCCAGAAUCGAUGGCGGCAGUUGAUGGCACAUCCACCCCUGAUGUUGACGAAUCUGGCGGUGCGGAGCACCCUUUCCAGGCGCAGUUCGAUGAGCUAGCGCAUCUGAUCGCCUCGCCACCACCUGUAAGCAUGGAUCACGGCCAAGGACUGCUCACAGCCGGCCAGGCGUUUUCUCAAAACACAGACAACUGCGUGUGUGCAGAGAACGGUGGUGAGCUGAACAGCGAUCCGAUGGCACCAGUGAUUCAGUGCGAUUCGUGCUGUGAUUACUACCACCCAGAAUGUGUCCAGCUGCCGAUCGUCGACGCUAGGAUUAUUCGCUUCCACCAGCUGAGCCGCCAGGCAGGCGUCAUUGUAGACAUACCAGAGUUUGUGCCCCGGGGGCCGAAGUCGUACAUGUGUCCUGGAUGCUGUGUCAACUCAGGCAUGCCCUACGCGUAUGGCGAGAUUGAGCACCGUCUGUUCUAUGAUCUGCCGCACAUCGGCAGGUCCGGCAUGGUGAAGUACCUUGCUGCAGCCAUCCUCGCCAACCGCAGCGAAGGAUUCAUUCACGAUCCCAAGUGGGUGGAUGAGUGCGAGCGCCUGCUGUCCAUCGACUAG